ACUGGAAGCUGCGAGCGUCGCGUGAUCAGUUUGCCAACUUGGUUCGCUGUUAGCUACCCACCAUCGAUUCCUCGGAAAUUCCUUCAGCCUACAUCGCGCAUCAGAAUUGAGGAUUCGGCGUUCCAACCAUCACACAUCGGUGCGUCUCUGCUACCACCACCUCCGACGAAUAGCAGCCUCGACGCCGAUCUGCGUGGAACCUCCCAACCACAACGAAUUGCGCCGUCACUGAUUUUCCUGACGCCUUCUCUGUGGCUUCCAAAGUCCCCUCUAACCAGCAUCAAUAUAUAGUCUCAGCAGCAACCUCGGUGAUCUCCCACCACUUCAGCCCCGCAGGUUCGAACCAAUGCCGCAAACACUCAGUACGAGAGAGGCCAACCUCUUUCGUACCGUCAUCCGCUACUAUGAGGAUAAACAGUACAAGCGCGGCCUCAAGGCUGCCGAGCAGAUCCUCAAGAGGAACCCCAAACAUGCCGAUACAAUGUCGAUGAAGGCCCUGAUUCUCAAUGCCCAAGGCAAGACCGACGAAGCCUUUGCCCUCGCCAAGGAGGCAUUGACCAUCGAUAUGAAGUCGUACAUCUGCUGGCACGUCUACGGCAUCCUCUACCGCACCAACAAGAACUUCGACGAGGCCAUCAAGGCCUACAAAUUCGCCCUGAAGCUUGAACCAGAUUCGCACCAGAUCCAGCGCGACCUGGCCGUCCUCCAAGUGCAGAUGCGCGACUACCAGGGCUACAUCCAGAGCAGAUUUGUCAUGCUCAAGGCGAGACCCCAAGUGCGCCAGAACUGGACCGCCCUUGCCAUCGCCUACCACCUUGACGGCAAUCUGCAGCAGGCCGAGAACAUCCUCAGCACCUACGAAAAAUCCGUCACAACCACUCCCUUGAGGACCGACUUUGAGAACUCGGAGGCCCUUCUAUACAAGAACUCAAUCAUUGCCGAGAUGGGGGAUAUUCAGAGGGCGCUGGAUCACUUGGAGUCGGACUGCAGGAACUGCCUCGACCGUUUGGCCGUCAUGGAGUUUCGGGCAAAUUACCUAGCGCAGCUAGGCAGGAAAGAGGAUGCCGCAAACGCCUACCGAGCAUUACUGGACAGAAACUCCGAGCACCCAGACUACUACAAAGGCUUGAUUGCCGCCCUGGACAUCCCCGCGGACGAUGAGGAUGCCCUGAAGGCUGUCUUCGACGAGUAUGCCACCAAAAGCCCUCGUUCUGAUGCCGCGAAGCGCCUUCCCUUGGAUUUCUUGUCUGGCGACCGAUUCCGCACAGCCGCCAAGGCAUAUCUUACUCUGAUGUUCGAUAAGGGCGUCCCCUCAACCUUUGCCAACUUGAAGCAUCUGUACUCGGACCCGUUCAAGAAGGAGACCCUGCCUACUCUGGCUCAGGAGUACCUCGAUGAACACCGCGGCGCCACUGGGGUCGAGACCAAGACAAACGGCGAUAGCUCCAAGGGUGAGGGAGCCGCCCUCUACUUCCUGGCUCAGCACUAUAACUACCACAUGUCGCGCGAUCUAUCCAAGGCGACCGAGUUCGUUGAGAAGGCGAUCGAACUCGAUCCCAAGAACGUCGACUUCCACAUGACCAGGGCCAGGAUAUUCAAGCACCAGGGCGACACAGCAAAGGCUGCCGAAGCCAUGGACCACGCCCGCUCGCUCGAUACGAAAGAUCGCUACAUCAACUCCAAGGCUGCCAAAUACCAGUUGCGGAACAAUGAGAACGAGAAGGCGCUGGCGACGAUGAGCCUGUUCACACGCGCCGAGACGGUUGGAGGGCCUCUGCACGAUCUGACAGAUAUGCAGUGCAUCUGGUAUCUCACCGAGGACGGCGAGGCGUGGGAGCGGCGGGGGAAUAUCGGCUUGGCUCUCAAGCGCUACCACACCGUCCACAACAUUUUCGACAUCUGGCAGGAGGACCAGUUUGACUUCCACAGCUUCUCCCUUAGGAAGGGACAGAUCCGGGCCUACAUCGACCUGGUCCGCUGGGAGGACCGGAUUAGGGAGCAUCCCUUCUACUUCCGGGCGGCUUUGGACGCGGUCAGCCUCUAUUUGUCGAUGCACGACAAGCCUCAGCACGGCGCUAACGGCGUCGAGGGCGGCCAUGCGAACGGCGAGGACGCCGCCGAGCGGAAGAAGGCGGCCAAAAAGGCCAGGAAGGAGGCGCAAAAGGCGGAACGGGAAGCUGCCGAGAAGGCUGCCAAGCAGGACCCAAACAAGGGCAGCAGCAGUGCUCAGAAAAGCAAAGACGGCGAAGAGGCAAAGAAGAAGGACGAUGAUCCAAACGGGAUCAAGCUGGCCGCCACGGCAAACCCGCUCGGAGACGCCAUGAAAUUCCUGUCGAAUCUGUUGCAGUUCAGCCCCAAGAAUAUCGAAGGCCAGAUCGCAGGCUUUGAGAUCUUCAUCCGCAGGAACAAAUACCUCCUGGCUCUGCGCUGCUUGAAGGCUGCGCUUGCGAUCGACAAGGAGCAUCCCAAGGUGUUGGACCAGGUGGUCAGGCUGCGGGAAGCUUUGGACAGCACUAUGGAUUCGCUGGCGCCCAAAGUCAAGGAGGUGAUUGAGUCAGAGCUCUCUGCUGUGCCCGGGGCUUAGGAUAUUCUCUGGACAGCACUCACGGAGAUGGUUUAUUCAGCCACGGCUGCUCCUCUGGACCCGUACAACCGCGUGAUCUCGACCACUGGGCCUCUCGCAAGCGAUAUCUAAUUUCUCGAUGUCUAUUUCUGGGGCGGGUGAGGUUUAUUCCCCGGUGUAGUUAUCCACGCCAGGUUGAGGAUGUAGACAAACAAAAUAAGGCGGUAUUAUACAAAACAGUACAGUAAGGUAGAGAGGUUUCAUGGGUGGAGUGGUUUCUUGCGCGGACAUGCCUUAGUGUCCUUCUUUGCUGAGAGGUACAUGUAUCCAACUGAUUGGCUUUUUCUCACUCGUCGAGGGUUUGUCAUUAAAUGAACAUGCUUUGAGUCACG